UCCUCCUCAAUCUACUCGUGAUCUUUCUUCUUUGGUUUGAGUGCCAUUAGUGACCUUCACGUUCUCUCUCUCUCUCUCUCUCUCUCAUAUUUCGGAUCACCACACGACCUUUUCCCACUAAACUACCCAACGCUCUCUCUCUCUCUCUCUCUCAUCCAUCUGGCAGAUAGAGACAUUCAUUCAACAACAACCCACCGCAGAAAAGGCUAAAAGACAAACCCAGAGUCGCUCUUGUCUCUCUUGUUGGUGGGCAUCUUGUUUCUUGAGUCUUCUUCGUGUUCCUCUGGAUUAAUAUCUGUUGCUGUUUCUUGGACGCAGACAAUUGUUGCCUUUGCUUGGAUUCCUUCACUCACGCAAUUGUUUAUCUUUCAAAAACAAUUUCUGAUUCUUUUAUUGAUUCCUGAAUCGUGGGUUUCUUUUGCUUUUGUGUACUGGUGUCGUUUUUAGUGGUGGGUCUUUGAAAAUUUUCUGGUUCUCUUCUAGCGGUCUAUCUACUGUUUGAUGAUUUGAUGUCUUUGGACGUUGGAGCUGUUUCCAGUUCCAAGAACAUGGGAGGGUUUGAUGAAAGCAAGGAGGGUGCAGAGAAAAGUGGAGUUCAAGAGGUUGGUGAUGAAAAACAAGGGAAUGUGAAGAGAAACAUGAGUGAUGCUUCAAUGUAUGCUACUGAAGACGAGGAAGAAGAUGAGGAAGGUAAUAAAAUUGAAUUGGGUCCUCAGUACACCCUCAAAGAACAGCUCGAGAAGGACAAGGAUGAUGAGAGCUUGAGGAGGUGGAAGGAACAACUUCUUGGGAGUGUGGAUAUUAGCAAUGUUGGAGAAACACUGGAACCGGAAGUAAAGAUCAUCAGCCUUUCAAUCCUCUCUCCCGAUAGAUCUGAUAUUGUACUUCCUAUUCCGGAAAAUGGAAAACCCAAAGGUUUGUGGUUUACUUUGAAAGAGGGUUGUCGUUACAGCUUGAGAUUCUCUUUCCAAGUCAGCAAUAACAUUGUCUCUGGCCUUAAGUACACCAACACUGUUUGGAAAACUGGUGUCAAGGUGGACAGCACAAAAGAGAUGAUUGGAACCUUUAGUCCUCAGCAAGAGCCAUACACACAUGAGAUGCCUGAGGAGACCACUCCCUCCGGCUUUUUUGCCAGAGGUUCAUAUUCUGCAAAAUCAAAGUUUCUAGAUGAUGAUAACAAAUGCUACUUGGAGAUCAACUACACAUUCGAUAUCCGCAAGGAUUGGGCUGCAACUUAAACAGAGAAAACCCCCCAUCAGCGGUAGCGUGGUUUCCUCUUUAGUUAUGCUCUUGUACCAAGAUCAAUUUAAGACGUUUCUCAUUACAUAGCAAUUAUCAUUCCCAUGAUAUUCUUAACCGGUUCAAUUCCAUCCUUAUGGCAGAUUGCAUAACAUUUGAGAGAUACACACAUUCAGUGUGUAUUCCUUGAAUAAAAAGAGAGCUUUGCCUCUCUUUUUUAGAUAUAUUCUUUUUCCUGUACUAAAAUCCCCAUUUUUUUGUGAGCUAGUUGACCCUUAAUAUACAAGUGUUUCUUUUUAGAUAUGUUCUUUUGUUCUUUUUGAGUAAAAGCUAUGUGGUGGAGGGUGUUGACAAGUAGAAAUAGGACUAUUACAGAGUUAGAUAUCAGUGGAGGUAAUGAAUAUUGUUUUGUUUGUUAAUUGUGUCUUUUUUCCUUCACAUUCUUGUUGCUACUGCUGCUGUUAAUUAAGGUUAGUAGAAGAGACAUUCUUUCUCAUGUAUUAUAUCUCUAUUCUUCUUUUAA